UUCUACUGCAGCUGACGCCCUGCCUCGAGACGGUUGACCAGUCCGUGGACAAGGGAGACUCGUCACUGUCGCUCAUCAUACCGAACUCUUUGUUCUACGUGCGGUACAUCUGGAUGUAAGCGUUUCCCAACCGAAGCCCGUACCUUAAACCUAAAUCAUUUACCUCCCAGGGAUCUUUUUUAUAGAUUUAAUAGUUGUACAUAAGUUACGGUUGGUAGUAAGUUUAAGAGAAUUGUACCUUAGGUGCGGUUGUAAGUUAGUUUCAGAGAGUUGUACCUUAGGUACGGUUGGUAGUAAGUUUAAUAUAGUUGUACUUUAGGUACGGUUGUAAGUUAGUUUCAGAGAGUUGUACCUUAGGUACGGUUGUUAGUAAGUUUAAUAGAGUUGUACCUUAGGUACGGUUGUUAGUAAGUUUCAGAGAGUUGUACCUUAGGUACGGUUGUUAGUAAGUUUCAGAGAGUUGUACCUUAGGUACGGUUGUUAGUAAGUUUCAGAGAGUUGUACCUUAGGUACGGUUGUUAGUAAGUUUCAGAGAGUUGUACAUUAGGUACGGUUGUUAGUAAGUUUCAGAGAGUUGUACCUUAGGUACGGUUGUUAGUAAGUUUCAGAGAGUUGUACCUUAGGUACGGUUGUAAGUAAGUUUCAGAGAGUUGUACAUUAGGUACGGUUGUUAGUAAGUUUCAGAGAGUUGUACCUUAGGUACGGUUGUUAGUAAGUUUAAUAGAGUUGUACCUUAGGUACGGUUGUUAGUAAGUUUCAGAGAGUUGUACCUUAGGUACGGUUGUUAGUAAGUUUCAGAGAGUUGUACAUUAGGUACGGUUGUUAGUAAGUUAAAUAUAGUUGUACUUUAGGUACGGUUGUAAGUUAGUUUCAGAGAGUUGUACCUUAGGUACGGUUGUUAGUAAGUUUAAUAGAGUUGUACCUUAGGUACGGUUGUUAGUAAGUUUCAGAGAGUUGUACCUUAGGUACGGUUGUUAGUAAGUUUCAGAGAGUUGUACCUUAGGUGCGGUUGUUAGUAAGUUUAAUAGAGUUGUACCUUAGGUACGGUUGUUAGUAAGUUUCAGAGAGUUGUACAUUAGGUACGGUUGUUAGUAAGUUUCAGAGAGUUGUACCUUAGGUACGGUUGUUAGUAAGUUUAAUAGAGUUGUACCUUAGGUACGGUUGUUAGUAAGUUUCAGAGAGUUGUACCUUAGGUACGGUUGUUAGUAAGUUUCAGAGAGUUGUACAUUAGGUACGGUUGUUAGUAAGUUUCAGAGAGUUGUACCUUAGGUACGGUUGGUAGUAAGUUUAAUAUAGUUGUACUUUAGGUACGGUUGUUAGUAAGUUUCAGAGAGUUGUACCUUAGGUACGGUUGGUAGUAAGUUUAAGAGAGUUGUACUUUAGGUACGGUUGUUAGUAAGUUUAAGAGAGUUGUACUUUAGGUACGGUUGUUAGUAAGUUUCAAGUAGUUGUACAUUAGGUACAUCAGCUGGUAAGUUUCAAAUAGUUGUACAUUGGGUACAGUUGAUAGUAGAUUUCAAAUAGUUGUACAUUAGGUACAGUUGAUAGUAAAUUUCAAAUAGUUGUACAUUAGGUACAGUUGAUAGUAAAUUUCAAAUAGUUGUACAUUAGGUACUGUUGGAAGUAAGCUUCAAAAAGUUGUACAUUAUGUACUGUUGCUAGUAAGUUUCAAAUAGUUGUGCAUUUGGGUACUGUUGUGAUAAGGUUUGAACAACUCCCUAUUACAUUUUUUUUACUUUCUGCAUUCUGAAAAUGUGUUUAUCAGUGUGUGUGAGUGCAUGCUAGGGUGCGCAUUUGAGAUCGUGUGUGAGUGCGUGCUUGAGUGCACAUGUGAGAGCGUGUGUCAGUGCGUGUGUGAUUGCGUGUGUGAGUGUGCGUGUGACUGCGUGUGUGAGUGCGUGCUAAAAUGCGUGCUUGAUUGCGUGUAUGAGUGCGUGUGUGAAUGCAUGCUUUAAUGCGUGCUUGAUUGCGUGUGUGAGUGCGUGCUUGAUUCCGUGUGUGAGUGCGUGUGUGAACACAUGCUUGAAUGCGUGCUUGAUUGCGUGUGUGAACGCGUGUUUGAUUGCAUGCUUGAAUGCGUGCUUGAUUGCAUGUGGGAGUACCUGUGUGAGUGCUUGUGUCAAUGCAUGUGUGAGUGCGUGUGUGAGUGCCUGCUUGAUUGCGUGUGUGAGUGUGUGUUUUAUUGCGUGUAUGUGAGUGCGUGUUUGAUUGCGUGUGUGAUGCGUAUUUUAAAGCGUGUGUGAGUGCGUGGCUGAUUGCGUUUAUGAGUGCGUGCUUUAUUGCGUGUGUGAGUGCGUGUUUGAUUGCGCGUGUAAGUGCGUUCUGGAGUGCGUUUCUGAGUGCGCGUGUGAGUGCGUGUGUGAGUGCGUGUGUGAGUGCGUGUGUGAGUGCGUGUGUGAGUGCGUGUGUGAGUGCGUGUGUGAGUGCGUGUGUGUGAGUGCGUGUGUGAGUGCGUGUGUGAGUGUGUACUUGAUUGCAUGCUUCAUUGGGUGUGUUACAGCGUGUGUGAGUGCGUUCUUCAUUGCGUGUGUGAGUAUGCGCUUGAUUUGGCGUGUGAAUGAGUGUUUGAUAGCGUGUGUGAGUGCGUGUGAGUAUGUAUGUGAUUGCGUGCUUGAUUGCGUGCUUUAUUGCGUGUGUGAGUGCAUGCUUGAAUUCGUGUGUGAGUGCGCGCUUGAUUGCGUGUGUGAGUGCAUGCUUGAUUGCGUGCUUGGGUGCGUGCGUGACUGCGUUAAAUCAUUUCACGAUUCUCGUGUCGACAGGACCCCACACACUAACACGACUGACUACACCAUCGUCGUUAUCCGGAGCGAUGAACUAUCUCAUUUGGAGUUGAACCAUGUUCGGGUUGUGACUAAGUGAGUAUUUCAUUGAUUGUGACAAGUGAGUAUUUCAUUGAUUGUGACUAAGUGAGUAUUGCAUUGAUUGUGACUAAGUGACUGUUUCAUUGAUUGUGACUGAGUGAGUAUUUCAUUGAUUGUGACUAAGUGAGUAUACAUUCAUUGUGACUAAGUGAGUAUUCUUUGAUAGUGACUAAGUGACUGUUUCAUUGAUUGUGACUAAGUGAGUAUUACAUUGAUUGUGACUAAGUGAGUAUACAUUCAUUGUGACUAAGUGAGUAUUCUUUGAUAGUGACUAGGCGAGUAUUUCAUGGAUUGUGACUAAAUGAGUAUUUCAUUGAUUGUGUCUAAGUGAGUAUACAUUCAUUGUGACUAAGUGAGUAUUCUUUGAUAGUGACUAGGUGAGUAUUUCAUUGAUCGUGACAAAGUGAGUAUUUCAUUGAUUGUGACUAAGUGAGUAUUUCAUUGAUUGUGACUAAGUGAGUAUACACUGUUUGUGACUAGGUGAGUAUUUCAUUGAUUGUGUCUAAGUGAGUAUUUCAUUGAUUGUGUCUAAGUGAGUAUUUCAUUGAUUGUGACUAAGUGACUGUUUCAUUGAUUGUGUCUAAGUGAGUAUUUCAUUGAUUGUGACUAAGUGAGUAUACACUGAUUGUGACUAAGUGAGUAUACACUGAUUGUGACUAAGUGAGUAUUUCAUUGAUCGUGACUAAGUGAGGAUACAUUGAUUGUGACUAAGUGAGUAUUUCAUUGAUUGUGACUAAGUGAGGAUACACUAAUUGUGACUAGGUGAGUAUUUCAUUGAUUGUGACUAAGUGAGUGUUGCAUCGAUUGUGACCAAGUGAUUUUUUUUUAUUCUUUGGUGUUAUGUAUAACGUUUUACACGAUUUCCCCGUGCGUGAAUUUUGCUUGUUACAUUGAUUGUGACCAAGUGAUCAUUUUUUUUUCAUUGGGACUAAGUGAGUAUUACUUUGAAUGUGACUAAGUUAGUAUGCUCCGAUUGAUUGACUCGCUCAUUACAUUAAAUACGGCACCACUUUUAAGUAGUUAUGCCUUUAUAGUUUAUGCGAGUGUCAAAAGACAACUGUAGAGUCCUACCACCAUGCCGCGUGGCUAUCUAUUCUAGACUACAUAGUUAACUUUUUGUUAACUUAGGGGUCGUUCGUGAAUUACGUCACUUACAAAAUACCUUUUAGACCCACCCCCCUCCCCUUCACUGGUCCCAAAGUGUCACGUCACACAUAAGAAAAUUCAAAACAUACAUAACAUUGUCAUUACUUAACUAAGAUUUUCAUUUUAUUCUUUAACAUUUUCCCAUAAUGGAUUAAGAUGUAGUAUUAUUAGAAAACUGAGUUUCAUAUUACCUAUAAUACCUGAGGCAAUUUCGAGCUAAUAUUAUUUUUUUUUAAAAUUUAAUAAAUAAUUUUUUUUUUUCAAAAUUAGAAAGUUUUAGAUUUUAAAGAAAAAAACGAAAAAAAGUAACUUCACACAUUUUUACCCCCUUCUCCCCCCCACUGUCACAAAGUGUCACAAAUUCUCGACACUGCCCCCCCCCCUUUUUUUUUUCCUCCCUUGAGCAUGAUGUAAUUUGCGAAUGCCCCCUUUUGCAAAAUCUUUACUUCGUUCAAAUUGUUUCUCUUUUACAGCCUCUGCUUAAACCCAUUCGAAUUGUCAACUUUUAGAAAAUCUGGCCAUACAAAACCGUCUGAAGACGUCAUAUAUACUUUUAAAAAUCAUAGUUUACAAAAUUCAAAACGAAGUUUCUUUGACUUUAAAAAAAAAAAUUCCGCUCACUAGUAUACUAAAUAUCUCCUAAGGUUUAAUGCAUUCAGAAUUUUUACUUUUUUUCCCCCCAAAAAAGCUUCAGUUAAAUAACAGGUGAUCUAUUUUACUUUGUGCUUUCGAAAACCAGUUUCUCAAUUUUAACACGUUGGUGAUUUUAACUUCAAUUUGGGAGGUUUAGAGAUUUUUUCGUCUUUUUAAAAAAAAAAAUAAAAAAUUUCUUCUUCAGAAAGUCACAGGAAGUACCCAAAUUAGUUUAAGCGUAUAAAUAGCAGUCACUUGGCACUUACGGCCAGUUGAACUCAUGGUUUGUAAGUCCCUGGGCACAUGAUCAUUUCAUUGAAUUAAUAAAUCAAUUCGUUGUUUUUUUUCACUCAGUAUAACCGCGUACAACGUCCCGGGGGACGGAGAUUACCAGAUCAUUAAUUUGAUGGUCCCGAAAGGAGUGAACACUCUGACGACGAAGCCUGUAGCGCGAUUCGGUUGCUACCUGUUUGGUAAAGGCGCCGGGGAGUCGUACAUGCAUCCAGUGGGAUUCUAUGUGAGCUCGAUAUUAUGA